ACAAACAUCACCCUGGGCUUUCGAGCUUUUCAUCCUGGCCAGUUUGGAGGAGCUAAAUCACAAGCUGCCUGAAGAGAGAUUUGACUAACAAGGCAUCUGUUCACGUUACUUCCAGUGGCCUGAGCAGAGUUGGCCACAUCAAAUGGAUGCAACCAAACCAACUAAAGAAGUCUGACAGAAAACAAACCAAGGGAAUUUUCUCCACUGGAUUUCUCUUGUUUGCCCCAGAAGGACGGCACCUUAAUUUUCUAUUUGAGUAAAUAAUCUUCCUGACCUUUCGGACAUACAGGUAACAAAGCCAACACCAGGUACCAAAGAUGGACCCCUUUACAGACAGUCCACGUGUGCGUUCAGACAGCAUGAGCAGCUCAGCGUCUCAGGGCUCGAGGACCAAGGUGCUUCUUCGCCAACGUUUGUCUCAGCUGAUGACCUGCAUAGAGGACAUGAGCUCUGACGAUGAAGCCAGUGAGGAAGUGUCCCGCUCGCUGGACGAAGCGUUUCAUCUCUGCGGGCGUUUCAUUCCCACAGACGCAUUCAGGCUGCACAUGGUGACCUGGAAUGUGGCCACAGCUGAGCCUCCCGAGGACGUCACCUCUUUGCUGCAGCUAGACGUCCAGCCCCCCACAGACCUCUAUGUGAUUGGCUUGCAGGAGGUGAAUGCCACCCCUAUAAGGUUCAUCUCUGACCUGUUAGCAGAGGACUCCUGGAGCCACGUCUUUAUGGACACACUGGCACCCAGAGGCUUUGUUAAGGUCAAAUCAAUCAGGAUGCAGGGUUUGCUGCUGCUGGUUUUUGCCAAACAAAUCCAUCUCCCCUACAUCAGAAACAUCCAAACCACCUACACUCGUACUGGCAUCUUUGGCUACUGGGGAAAUAAAGGAGGAGUCUCCGUGCGUUUUUCCUUUUACGGCCACAUGGUUUGCUUCCUGAACUGCCACCUAGCAGCCCACAUGAACUACGCCCUGCAGCGCGUUGAUGAGAUUGAGUACAUCCUGGAGACACAAGACUUUGACAUCACUGACACCCCACAAGUCCGGGAUCACAAGGUGGUGUUCUGGUUUGGCGACCUGAACUUCCGUAUUGCAGACCAUGGCUUGCACUUCCUGCGCUCGUCCAUCAACAGCGGACGCCUUAAUUUACUGUGGGGCAAGGACCAGCUCACUAUGAUGAAGAAGAAGGAGCCUUUCCUGCAGGAAUUUGAGGAAGGGCCAUUAAAUUUUAAGCCCACCUACAAGUUCGACCGUAACUCUGACACCUAUGAUACCAGUGGCAAGAAGAGGAAACCUGCCUGGACCGACCGGAUUCUCUGGCGCAUCAAACCCAAAGCCCCGCCAUCAGAGGAUGAUGACGAUGAUGAUGAGAAGGCAUCAACUUCUACUGAUGAUGGGCUCGAUGAGUACCCACUCCUGGUCACUCAGGACAAGUACACCAGUGAAAUGAGCUACGGAGUCAGUGACCACAAGCCUGUGAUUGCAACCUUCAGUCUGGAGCUGAGGAAGUGCUUUGACACACCACUGGUGCAUGUAUCUCCUCUGGGUGUAUGGAGCGCCGACCAUGAUGCACUUCUUAACUACACCGUCCAAGAGGACUUCAUGUCCUCCACAUGGGACUGGAUCGGCCUGUACAAGGUGGGAUUCAAGAGUGCGUCUGAUUAUGAAACCUUUGUUUGGGUCAGAGAGGACGAGUUGCCAGAGAUAAAUGAAGUCAUACAGAUAUCUGUGGAUAAGGACGAGAUCCCUCUGCUGGGCGGACAAUAUGUUUUGGGCUACUUCAGUACAAACAUGCAAAGCAUCAUCGGACUCAGUGCUAGCUUCCAGAUCCUGGAGUCAAAGCGUGCCGUCAUGGAAGGUCUUGUUCCUGAGAACAUCAAUGGACUCAACUAAUAAGAACAAAUUCACUGCAGUGCCACAUCUUAUUCCUCUCCCCCAGAAAUUUACACUGAAUUGAUUCAGUCUGUCAAAUGCCCCAUAAGAUCGACUCCAUCAUCUGCUGGCUCAGCUAAUUUACUCAUUAACUAAUGGCAACCAUACUGCACUAUCAC